CUUACCUACCUGAGAUAGUUUCUGAUAGUGUUUAUCUUCCUGUGUGAUAUCAAUUGUUCACUUUCUCUAUACUCUUAAACUUGGAGGACAGAAUCCCGGACAAUGGAGGUUCCGGGAAAGAAACUGCAGGCAGGGCCAAAUGCUGAGAACACUACAUACUGCCAGCCUUGUGAACAAGAUGACGAAUUCCUCCCUGCUGAGGUAUAUUGUAAAGUCUGCAAGGAGUUCUUCUGCUCUAACUGCGCAAGAGUCCAUAGGAAACAGAAAAUAACAAGAUCUCAUUUCCUUCUUGACCAAUCGAAUAUGCCUACAUCUCUCGGUGACCAUGAAACUGAAUAUGAAUGCACAGUGUCUUGUGAUAUCCACCCGAAAGAGACUAUCAAAUUCUUUUGCAAAACCCAUCAGACGCUGAUUUGUGGACACUGUGCAGUAAAGUACCAUCGAUCAUGUCAUGCUGAUGUCAUAUCAGAGAUAUCCAAGGACUUUAAGGAUGACCAAGAGUAUGGGGAUGUCAUAAAAACAAUUGCCAGCUUAUUUAAAGAAAUUGAUUUACGCGUGUCUGAUGUGGAGAAGAAGGUUGACGUUGUAGCAAAGUUAGGUGAAAAUGAAGUUGACAAGCUGAGAAGAUAUCGAAAGGAAGUUAACAAGUAUUUUGAAGAAAGAGAACAAGCAUUGUUAAAGUUUAUAGAGAAGACGAAAAACCUGGAUGAAAAAUUACUGGGGUCGCUGAAACCGAAAUUGAAAAACCUUAAGUCCAAGGUAAAAGAAAUAAAUGUGACACUUGAAGCGCAAGGAAACAACAUGAUUCAGUUGUUUAUAGAGACCAAAAGAGCCAAAAAGCUAUUAGAGGGUCUGCAGAAUGACCUUGCUGACAUUAACAAGGGCAAUGUAAUUCACCACUACGAAUUCAGAAAGGAUCCAGCCACAGAGCGUCUCAUAGCAUCUGGCAAUGGUCUUGGGACAUUAGAUAAUAUCAUGACUGAAGAGCACGAGAUCGCAUCAGCAGUGAGCGACCAUGGACCAAUAGGACUAACAGUUCAGGGAUGUGGCCAAAGAGAAACCAUGGCAAAUUCCAAAACUACAGUGGUCACUGACCUGACUGGAUUACAGUUAUCACCAGCUAUGGACAUCCCAAUGAAGUCUCCAACUGAUAAUAGGGACUGCUACCUGUCAAGCAUGCUCCACCUUGCCGAGUCCAGACUUUUGCUAGCUGACUGGAACAACUGCACAGUUAAGUUGGUGGACAUGCAGACCAACAGCCUAGUAUGCCAGAUCGAGGUACCAGGUUAUCCGUGGGACAUAUGUCAUCUUCCUGGAGACAGGGUUGCCGUUACUAUGGCUAAUAAGGGUAUUCAGUUCAUUGACACUCGGGAACAACUCGCUAUUGGUGACCAUAUUAAAUUGGAUGGUAACUGUCGAGGUAUUGCUUACCAUGAAGAAAGGUUGAUAGUGUCCGACUUCUAUGGACAGGUAACGGUACUGAAUAUGAAUGGGCGUGUUUUAAGACAAACAAAAAGGGGUGGCAAUAGAAAGGAACUGUUUAUAUGUCCUGACUACUUAUCAGUGGUGGGAGAAGGCCCGACUGCUUUCAUCUACGUAUCAGACAGAAGCAGGAACACAAUCACAAAACUUGACAUGAACCUGAACAUCAUCAAGACGUUCGAGGACCCUGCAUUGAAAAACCCAACAAGUAUCACGGCACUUGGGGACCAACUGUUAAUAUGUGGGUCUGAAAGUAACGCCAUUAUGAUUCUUGACCUGUCCACUGGUCAGAUGACACAACUGAUGGGGAAGAAGGAGGGGAUACGAAAGCCAAUGUGUGCCUACUACUCUCCUCAAAAGAGCAAACUUCUUGUCACUGAACAGUCGAACAAUUUAUUAAAGGUGUACAAUAAAAUCGAAUAAGACCAGCCAAUGGGGUGAAAUGGUUCGAAACAUCAACUUAACGUACACCUAACCUAUCGCCAUUCAGUUGUUGCAUUCUUAUAAGAAUGUUACGUGGACCACUUCAGGAAACGGUUUUAAUGAUGUUAUUUGUGUUAAACACUUUCCGGAAACGCAUUGGAGGUAUGCGUACAAUAUGAUUAUACGGAAUAUUGCAUUCAAUUAUGCGUGAAUGUAUUUAUUCAUCAACAACAUUUCCUUGACGCGCGAUUUGACAUUUUUGUCUUUAUAAAUAACACGCAUACUAUUAUAAUUUGAUGAUUUUGCUUAAUUUGCAUUCAAAGUGCGUGCUAAUCCAGAUAACUUUUGAAAUAUCAUUGAGAAUAUAGCAUCAAUAUUCUGCAAGAAAGAAAUGGUAAUUGUUGUGCAAUGUAAGUCUAUUUCUUUUAGAUGUUAUUAUCUGAAAAAUAGUUAUCAAUAUUUUUUAUUAUUCUUAAUUGGGUUGGAAGCCAAUGCGUUGAUUUGUUGUCAAUUAUCCAAAAUUAAACCAUUCACAUUCAAUGUAUGUUAUUUUCCUUGUCACUUCUUCAUUAUUAUCAAAUCUCAUUAACUUCUCUGUUUGAUGAUGGUCGUAACUUUUAAUUUCUUAAACACAUUGAUUUUCUUUCUUAGAGUGUUAAUGUAUAUUAAAAUAAAAAGUUUA